AUUAAGAAAAAAAUUUUUAAUCCUAUUGAUAUCACGGUUUCAGGUUUGGACAGUUGAAGAGAUAACUCUUCUAACCGACAAUCCAGAAGGUAAAACAGAUUAUGUAGAAAUAAAAGAUCUAGGAAAAUCUUUGAGUCCAAGGAUCAAGACGCUGCCGUGCUGGACUCCAUGGGCUCCGAAGGCAUAACACGGACAAGAACGCGGUGCACACUCGGGGAGGCCCGGGGGCGGGUCGGCGGGAGACGACUCCGAGGUGAAGCCCCGCCCAGCAGCUGGGAAGAUGCAGAACCCGGUCGUCCUUCCGGCCCGGUGGGUCACCGGGUUGCGCGCGGCCUCGGGCUUCAGGUGUACAUUACGGCGGCCCCGGGCCAGACUCCCCGAACAGCCUCCGAGACCCCGGACAGCUCUUCCGGCCUCACCACCCCACCAAGAGCGGAAGUAGGACGCCAGGACGGACUCCCCUUCUUCCAGCCUACGCGCAAAGGCCCCGCCCCAGAGACACGCCAGGCCUCAGCCAAUGGCCUGCUUCCUGGGGAACGUUACCGUCGGCUAAUCGGCCAAGUCCUCGCGAGAGGUGAGGUUGAAGCUGCCGCCGCCAUCUUGAAGAUGGGAGACGGGCGACUGAGGUGGUGUUUCUGUUAAUGCAAACAACAAACCGGCCACAACAGUCACCUCGGGAAGUCACCGCGUCGGUAGCCGUCCGCAACGCCGCCGCAGUAGCGGGUGCCGAAGCCGGGUGCAGCGACCCCGGGAGCCCGUCCCGGGCGGCGGAGGGGACGUGAGGAGGGCCGGAAGGAUGGUGCAGUCCUGUUCCGCCUACGGCUGCAAGAACCGCUACGACAAGGAUAAGCCCGUGUCCUUCCACAAGUUUCCCCUGACUCGUCCUAGUCUUUGUAAGCAGUGGGAGGCAGCUGUCAGAAGAAAAAACUUUAAGCCCACUAAAUACAGUAGUAUUUGUUCAGAGCACUUUACUCCAGACUGCUUUAAGAGAGAGUGCAACAACAAGUUACUGAAAGAGAAUGCUGUCCCUACAAUAUUUCUUUGUACUGAGCCACAUGACAAGAAGGAAGAUCUUCUGGAACCCCAAGAACAGCUUCCGUCUCCUCCUUCACCUCCCGCUUCCCAGGUUGAUGCUGCUAUUGGGUUGCUGAUGCCUCCUCUUCAGACCCCUGAUAACCUCUCAGUUUUCUGUGACCACAAUUACACCGUGGAGGAUACGAUGCACCAGAGAAAGAGGAUUCAUCAGCUGGAACAGCAGGUUGAGAAGCUCAGGAAGAAGCUCAAGACUGCUCAGCAGAGAUGCAGAAGACAGGAACGACAGCUUGAAAAGUUAAAGGAGGUCGUGCACUUCCAGAAAGAGAAAGAUGACGUAUCAGAAAGAGGUUAUGUGAUUCUACCAAAUGACUUUUUUGAAAUUGUUGAAGUACCAGCUUGAAAAGUGAAAAGUAUUGAUUUCUAGUAGUCCAAGACCACAUACUCUCUUUUAACCAAUAUAUAGGAGUUUCAUUUGGAAAUAUAACACUUGAUUACUUGUAUAAAAAAUUCAGAAUAUUUUUUUAAAAAUAAAUUAGAUAUAUACUAUAAAAUUGUGAUUUUUUUUUUGUUUGUGACUUCAGAGUUUUUACAUUUUAACAGAAGAUUUUAAAAGUUAUUUAAAAAAAUAUCCUUAGACUGCCAGUAUAAUGUUGGUUUCAAGAAUGUGGAUUUUUUUUUUCCCUUUGUGUGUUUAUAGAAAUAAUGUAAAAAUGAGAAAUAGAGUGGCUAACAGUGCAGUAAACAGUACAGAUUUUAAGUUUAAAAAUUAAAAUGAAUGCCCUUUAUUGAGAGAACUUGCUAUAGUUUAAACCAGAAGUAUAGGUGAGAUCAUAAGACAGCCUCCCAGUGUAUAGAGAUGUUCAUAUGCAUUUGUAUUUAUAGUCAGAGCUUUAUUCAUUUUUCUGAAUCAUUUGUCAAACUGUCAGUAUUUGAGGGAAAAGGAUUUAGCUGUCUUCAAAAGAGAAAAUGAAGUUAUUCCAUAAUUAAUCAUUAGAUUAUUAAAAGAGCAGAUUUUUAAAAAGUCCUUUUUCUCCAUACCAUUAUAAAAUUGAAAGUGUAUCUUAGUGAAAAGAUGUGCUUUAAAAUGAGGCAUUGCUAUCAGUGAAGUAAAAAUUGGGAGCUGGUCUGAUGAAAUGGCUGUUCUAGGAUCUCUGGAACCCAUGUGAAGGUGAACGGAAAGAACCAACCCCACAGUUGCCCUCUGACCAGCAUGCUCAUGCUGUGGCAUUUGAAUGCAGGUAAACAAUUUCUUUAAACAAAUAAUUUUAAUAGAGUUUGGUUUGUAUCAUAAUAUGGUAAUGUUGCCCAUGACUGUUAAAGUCAAGAUGUAGCAUAAAAAUUAUUUUUUCACCUUUAACUUGUUAGAAAUUAUAUCCAGUUUACUUAAAGUGAUUUAUAUUCAAAAGCAACCCCAUAUAUCCUGUUUAUUUUGCUGAAUGUUGAGACUAAAAUAUUGCAGUUUUUGUUCACAUUGUGGAUUGUGUUCUGGCUUUGUAAGACGUUCGUAGUAGACAGAUACUGCUAUAAGAAUUACCUAUUUAGACUUAGAACAACCAUUUUAUAUUUCAGAGUACACUAGUUGGAGAGUAACAGACCUUUUAAGACAGUAUUAAAGAUGUGAUGUUCAAGUA